CGCGGAGGGGUGCGCAUGCGCGAGUAGCUGUCGCUGGUGCAGGGUUGGUUGAGCGCCGGACCGGGGCGGCUAGCUGGGCUCGGAGCGGAGCAGGGUCAGGAUGGACGAAGACGUGCUGACCACCCUGAAGAUCCUCAUCAUCGGCGAGAGUGGCGUGGGCAAGUCCAGCCUGCUCUUGAGGUUCACAGAUGAUACUUUUGAUCCAGAACUUGCAGCAACAAUAGGUGUUGACUUUAAAGUGAAAACAAUUUCAGUGGAUGGAAAUAAGGCUAAACUUGCAAUAUGGGAUACUGCUGGGCAAGAGAGGUUCAGAACAUUAACUCCCAGCUAUUAUAGAGGCGCACAGGGUGUUAUAUUAGUUUAUGAUGUCACAAGAAGAGACACCUUUGUUAAACUGGAUAAUUGGUUAAAUGAAUUGGAAACAUACUGCACGAGAAAUGACAUAGUGAACAUGCUAGUUGGAAAUAAAAUUGAUAAGGAAAAUCGUGAGGUUGAUAGAAAUGAAGGCCUGAAAUUUGCACGCAAGCAUUCCAUGUUAUUUAUAGAGGCAAGUGCAAAAACAUGUGAUGGUGUGCAGUGUGCCUUUGAGGAACUUGUUGAAAAGAUCAUUCAGACGCCUGGACUGUGGGAAAGUGAGAACCAGAAUAAAGGAGUCAAACUGUCACAGAGGGAAGAAGUCAAUGGAGGAGGAGCCUGUGGUGGUUAUUGUUCUGUGUUAUAAACUCUGGGAAGCUCCAUCUCUUGCAUAUUUGAUCAGAUAGUGACAUCUUUCUGUAUAUAAACUCUUUAACUGCUAUUUUAGGGACCUUGCAGUUUGCACAUAUUUGUUUUGUAUCAUGGCAGUAAAUAUUUGCAAGAAAUCCCACUCACCGGCUUUCCCAGGUAAAAUGUUAUGGUAAGCAUGCACGGUUUGCAGUCUACAGUUUUUUAUGUAACAUAAAAUAGAUGUACCUUUAUAAGUACAUUUGAUUUUAUGAUUUACAUUUAUCAUGUGAUUUAAAAAAAAUCCACUUAUCUAGUAUAUGUUGAUACAAAGUCUACUUUUGGUCUCCUUUUUGCUUAAAUACUCCUAUCAAUUACUGAGUUAUUGGGUAUGUAGAACUCCUAGAACCACUGGGAGAUAUACAGGUAUCAUCAAACCUGGCAACUUUCCUCUCAGGAAUAACAAAGAGCAUGAUUCCACAGCUUUUCUAGGAUGUUUGCUGACAGAUUCUCCUUUAGUAACUAAGCAAAAUUCUCUUUACAGGAUAUAGUCCAGGCCAACUUUAAUUAAAGCUCUGUUCUGAUGAUGCUUCUAAAAUAGCAUUGAUAUGUUAAAGAAGAAGUUUGGUCUUACUUUUUAAUUUACUUCAAUGAGUAGCUCACUGCUUAACUGGAGUUUUAAUUCUGUGGUACGUGCAUUGGAUUCAUGACCCUGUGUGCAGCAUUUUUACUUGUGUGGUGUUUGACAGAAUGGCAAUAAGGUUUUCCCCCAUUUUGGUUUCGGAAGGACACAAAUAGUAUUGCUGUAACUCACGUAGUACUUACCACUUUUAAAACCAACACCUCUUUACAUAAAUGUUGGUGGUGUUUGUCUGGGUACCUCAGUUGUAGCUUGUGUAAUGUUUACGAAUAUCUGUAUCUUAUGACUUCCAUAAAUGGCUAGUUGAUAUUCAGAAACGUAUGUCUGUGUUUUGAGGGUUGGGGAAAAAAGAACACUAAAUGACAAUUUGAGAAAGGCAUAUUGCUUCCAGAUUUUGAUAUGUGUGGGACAAUACUGUUGCCAUGGAAAUCUGGAUAAUUUACUGUAACAAGUAGCUAGUAGUUUAUCAAAACCAACUUGUACAGACUAAUAAAUCUUUUCACAGUAUUCGGUUUUCUAACCUCUUGGCUAUUGUACAUUGUAUUUUUUUUUUCAGUCCUCUGUUACUUAAUUCACAUUGAUCUCUGCUGUUUUAAGCCCCCAAGUGAGUAAUUUGUCCUUUCAGGCAGAUCGCUAUAAUACCCCUCGGUAGAAUUCUGAUGUUAAUUUCUGGGCAGUUUGUUCUCUGUAUACAAUUUCAAAUGAUAAACAUUUUUGUGGGUCACCUUUGCAAUAUGCUUGAUAAUGUAUUUACUUCAAGUUGGAUCUUUCUGAAAUGUACAUCUUCAAAUAAGAAAACCUUCUAUUCUACUUAGUUCACAUUUGUUAGACUACAUUACAUGUAAUUGAAGGCUUUAUACAUUCUGUAUGCUUUUACUAAAUAUAAAACAUUUACUACUUUAAUGUUGGAGAAAGGUAGCUAACACAUGUACCUACGAUUUGUUUGUGUUACAUUAAAACGGUAGAUUUGUAUAUUUAUGUAGUGUCUGUAUUGACAAGAUGUUUCUGUUUAUUGCUUUUUGCUUCUUGAGCUAUAUAAUAAUCUUUCUGUGCAUUGGAUUGUUGUCUUGGUCAGAAUUUGGAUACAUGUUAGUCACUUAAUUUUUAAAAACUGAUUUUGUUUGAUAGAUUUAUAUUGUACCCUUUUAUAGCUUUUGAAUAAAUAUAGCCUGCUUUCCCUAGA